GUAACUGUAUUCGUUUCGAUUCGUAUUCACCUCGUAUUUAUAUUUGAUGAUAUUCGAUUAUGUUUUCAUAUCGGAGUUUCCGAUUCUGAUUUUGAGUUUCCUGUUUUGAUUUUGAUUAAAAAAAUAUAAAAACGAAUAUGCUAAACCCAAUAGAACUAGUUUUCGACCGUUUGAUCCCUACCCUGAGGCUCCGGUCCCCCUCCCACUCUCCAGUGACACCGCACCUCGAAACCCUUGGGCCCCCUUGCCUAAUCGCCACCGUGUUCCUUGAGACCGGCAGAACCCUCCAGGAUUUGGGCAAGUUUCGCUAGGGUUUGUUGUUGCUGAUAUUCUCCCCUUCGGCGGCGCCACCCUUUACUACUUCGCUCUCUCUGCCUACCCGUGUGCUCGCAAGGCCCCGGGGUGCCAUGAGAGACCUCCAACUCUCGCUGAACCAGACCCAGAAGGUCCGCCUCGAUGCCGCGCUCCACGAGCUACAGACCAUCGCCCCAGCCAGCACGUCCGCCGCUGCCGUCUCCGUCGCAGAUACCAUCCCCGUCAACGACGAGGACAACAUUCUCAAGGGGCAUGGGACGUCGGACCAGGACGGGGAGGUGGUGGCGACGCUGUGCGGCGUGGUUGAGCGGGUCAACAAGCUGGUCUACGUGCGCACACUUAGGGCAAGGUAUAAGCCAGAGGUUGGUGAUAUCAUAGUUGGUCGUGUUAUUGAGCUUGCACCUAAACGCUGGAGGUUGGAGAUAAAUUUUAGCCAAGAUGCUGUUUUGAUGCUUUCCUCUAUGAAUUUACCUGAUGGAAUUCAGAGAAGGAGAACUGCUGUUGAUGAACUUAAUAUGCGGAGCAUUUUUGAAGAAAACGAUGUUAUCUGUGCUGAAGUUCGUGGUUUCCAACAUGAUGGAUCUCUGCACCUACAAGCGCGGAGUCAAAAGUAUGGAAAGCUUGAGAGGGGUCAACUGCUCAUAGUACCUGCAUACUUGGUAAAACGACGGAAGCAGCAUUUCCACCACCUUGAACAAUAUGAUGCUGACUUGAUUCUUGGUUGUAAUGGAUUCAUCUGGGUUGGCGAGCAUGUUGUGGUUGGUCAAAACAUUAAUAUUAUGGAAGAUAAGCCAAGUUUGAGUGCUGAAGUGGAGAAUUUCACACCACUAGAAACGAGGAGACAUAUUUGCCGGCUUGGCAAUGCUGUGCGUGUGCUUUCAGCUCUGGGAUUCACUUUAACCGCCGAACUGAUAAUUGAGACUGCUGAAGCAAGUGUAUCAUCAAAUUUUGAGAUAAACGACAUGCUUGGGGCUGAAUUUUAUGUCCAGACAGCACAGAGAGAGGCCAAACGUCGAGCUGAUCUGUUGAGAAAGAAAAGUGGAACUAUGUAAAAAUCUGCUGAUCCUGGCAUUUAGAGCAGCAGUGUUUGGUCAGUACAAGGUUUCGAAGCGUGGACGGGAAGAAAGAGCAUGAUCAGUGCUACCGUAGUACUCUCACUUGGAGAACCAGCUGUGUUUAGAUCACGGAGCAUCCUCCGCGACAUGGUUGUGCAUGCAUUUGAUUAAUAGAGCAUGCGAGAAAUAACUAGAUGCUGAGCUAGCUUCCAGAAGAGCCUUGAUCUAUGAUCUAUGUUAAAUCACCGUUUUAUUGAUGUGCGGUUGACGCGUUUUUGUUGAUUGCAUUACCGCAAAUUUUUUAUGUUAAAGUUUUAGUAAACUAUAUCUCUGGCUUUGACAGUCAAAAUGAUGUUUGGAUCAACCUUUUCACUCUCGUCUUUAG